CUCCUGGCGCCCCACCGGCCGUCGGUCGCCUCGAGCGCUGCUGAAGAAGAAGCUGAAGCACCAGAGGAGCGCGACAAGGACCACGAGCCGGACACGGACUUCUUCUCCUACUUCUUCUCCAUCUAGUUUCUGGAGUAGUGGAGGGAACAGAGUCAUAGUUCAGCAGCAAGGUGAGGAAGAGGAGGGAGAGGAGAGGAAGAGGAGACAGACAGACAGCGGCACCAGCAGUCUUAUGCUUGGCGCAUUGGUGCUUAUGGAUUAUUGAGAAGUGGAGGCCGAAACGCGGAUCAAAUAUUCAUGAAGACUUUUUAAAGAGAAAAACACUGAGUGGGAUAGUGUAGAGACUCCCUGCAGUGAUUCACCUGUCCGGUCCAGCGCUGCGUGCGCUCUUACUGACCAGAGACCAGAGAACUAGCGCUGCUGCUGGAAAAGGCUUCUGCAUCUAGCGUGUGUGUGAAUGUGUGUGUGUGAGAGAGUGUGUGUGUUUGGAAAGGAGCCCCCCUGCUGCAGUACUUGCCUGCUGUAUGGGUACGAUGCCACCGACUUGCUGACGGACACCCGGUAUCCGCACCCCUCCCCUCCUCCCCCCUCCCGGACGGACGGACGCACCGACCCCUGCGAACCCCACUAAUAUGCAAUGGUUUUUUGUGCAGAAGCCGACAGCUGCCGCGUACCGCCGACUUCACGCUAGCGCCGCCGCAUGCCUGUCCGCCGCUGCCGCUCCUCUCCCCGCGCCGCGCGGCAGACGACGCCAUUUGAAGUGGAGCGCUUGGGGGCUUUUGACGCCGCGGCGGCCGGGUGGCAGCAGCAGCGACCGAUCCACCGCCGCUGAGGACCACCGGCCGCUGGGGCAGCCGGAGGCGGAGACCGCGGAGGAAAGCGCCGCAGCGGUUUCUCUUUUCCUGCCGCACGGGGACGACGUCGACGCGGAAUACGUGCGGUUUCUGGUCUCUGGGCUUGUGGAGGAACCGGGCGAGAAACCGGGCGACGAGCCGGGCUUCCUGCUCUUAUUCUUGUCUAUGGUGCAGAUUGGGGGGGCGAAGCACCGCCGAACUGAGCCCAACAGCUGGCAGGCUCUGCUGGCAUGCAAACAGGGGGGCGGAUCAGCCCCCAUGCGGUGGGUGAAUUUUAGGCUGCCGCAUCCGGAGCGCCUCUCGUCCCCCACCUCCUCUUCCUCCUCCUCCCCCGUCUCGGCCAAAUCCAUGCGGUUUAUUUGGAACAACAUUUUCAGCAAAGGAUCGCAUAUGCUGCAGUGUCUUUGUGGCAGGAGCCUCAAGAAAAACAAGAACCCAACUGAACCACAGCUGAAGGGCAUAGUGACCAGGUUGUUCUGCAGGCAGGGCUUCUAUCUCCAGAUGGGCCAGGAUGGAAGUAUGGAUGGGACCAAAGACGACAGCACCAACUCCUCUCUGUUUAACUUAAUUCCUGUGGGUCUGAGAGUCGUGGCCAUCCAAUCAGUCAAGACUGGCCUCUACAUCGCCAUGAACGGAGAGGGUCACCUCUACUCAUCGGAAUUGUUUACAGCGGAGUGUAAGUUUAAGGAGUCGGUGUUUGAGAACUACUAUGUGAUCUACAGCUCUAUGCUCUAUAGACAGAAGGAGUCAGGCCGGGCCUGGUUUCUGGGUCUCAAUAAGGAGGGACAGGCCAUGAAGGGCAACAGGGUCAAAAAGACCAAACCAGCUGCACACUUCCUGCCUAAACCUAUAGAAGUUGCGAUGUACCGAGAGCCAUCGUUGCACGACGUAGGGGAGGCGGUGCCUAAACUCGCCGGGGGCCCGCCUUCCAAAAGCACAACCAGCGAACCCGUGGUCAUGAAUGGCGGCAAACCAGUAAACAAACCCGACAAGGAGGCGACAUAACCCCGCCCCCCUUUUUACCUUCACCUGGCCAACCAGAGGCCAGGAAAAGCCAGAGACUCGCCCCACUGCUGUGCUCUCAAAAAAAAACUGCAACAAAAGUAACAAAACAAACAGCAGCUCAAGUUCUGAGUGGUCAGCAGUGGGGCUGCUCCUCCCACCUCACCUCUUUCGCAAUUGGUCGGAUCCGGUGUUGUGGGGCAGGGCCAGAGGGACACGACACUGCGGCUGGUGGUGGGUGAAGAAGAGGAUGAAGACCGUAAAGUCAGGCCAAUGCCAGCCAGAUAUUUUGGAACUGGGACAGUGGCAUGCCCUCGUGUGGGAGACAAAAUUACUUAAAAGUAUAAACAAACAAAGAAACGGGGAACAAAUGUUGUCUUCACCGGUAUUUUUCUGUGACAAUCUGUAAGAAUGAGGCCCCUUUUUCCCUCCUGAUAAUACUGUUUUCUGUUGCUUGCUGGUGGCUACACACACAUGCACACAACUCCCACCCAAAAAUCGACCACUUGGAUUUGAUCUUGGAGUAAAUACAGAACAGAUUAAAAACAUCAGCAAACAUCGGGCAAAGAGAACACCUUAAACACCAAACAGUGAUUCAGAGGAUACUUAGUCAUCGAUCAAUUAAGAUUUGGCACAGGACAUUCUGUACUAAGCUUACAAUUAAAUGUACUUGUGCAUUACAUACAGGGCAAACACAUCUUACGGCCUAUCCUUUCUUUUAUUCACAUACUAAUAUAUAGCUGUUAUAAAGAGAGUUCUUCUUUGACACCACAAAGCUUAAAGCAUGUUUGUCUUUUCAGUAAUCCUUUAUUAUCUAUUUGUACGGUGGUUUAUUAUUCUGCACACACAGAGCACUAGUGAUUAUUGAGCUACAUUGUUGUACAGACACAAAACCUAUUUUUAGUUUCUACCUCUCUGUCUAACACGUUGUUUUUUUUUCUGUCCCUUUACAAAAGCUAUGAUUUUCACAUCGCUGACAAAAGUGUAGCUCAGGAGAGGAGAUCAACUGAUGUGUCAAAUGAAGAGUUUUGGCAUCAAGUUGCUCAAAUUAGCGUGUAGCUGAGUGCCGAAACCAGGACGAUUUCCACAAAUUCUCUGUUUGUAGCAAAAUGGAGUGUACAAGAGGCAUGCUGGAGCCCAAGCAGCAUGGUAGCAGUCAGUGUUUACAUGGAGUAGCAGAUAUUGUAGAGGUUUAACACAGGGAGGGUAACACCUUAAGAUGGUAGAAGGUAGCACUUUUUAUUUCUGUUGCCUUCCCAAGAACUUGAAAUUAAAGGUUGGAAUGAGGGUAGUAGUUAACAGAGUAUGAGUACAGAGUAAAGUAUGCUAAAGCCGCUAUGUGUAGAAUUUGAACACUUCCGCCUUUACUGUACUGUGGUACUUUCAGAAAAGGCACUGUGGUAGACAGCAACACCUCCCAUAGAUGACGUUGACUAUGGGUCUUCAUGGGUCUGCUUAGUCCAAGGAAGAGAGACCUGGUCUAAUUGGACCAGGUAUGGUCCUGUUACAUUGACACAGGUUUCAGGCAGCGUUGAAAAAAGUACUCGGAUCUUUUACAAAGAAAUACUACAAUGUGAAAAUAUUCCUUUACAUCCUUCAUUCAAAAUCCCACUCAAAGAAAAGUACACAGGUGUCAUCAACAAAAUGUACUUCACAUAUCAAAACUAAAAGUACUCAAAAAUGCAUCUGUGUCUGACAUAUUAUAUAUAUAUAUAUAUAUAUAUAUAUAUAUUACGCUUUGUGAAAUAUUGGAUAUUUUGAACUGUGGGCCUGAAACAGUAUUUAAAUGAAACAUGAAGUUUACAGGGGGGAAACACUCUUGGUGUAAGUGUUAAGUACUCAUAGACAUAAACAUGACAAUGUAUGACAAAUUAUAUAAAAUCUUAAUCUGCAAAUUAAUAACUAUAGCUUUCAAAUAAAGUUAGUGGAGUAUUUAAUAUUAAUAUCUAGUGUAGUAGAAGUAUAAAGUAGCAUAAAAUCAAAUACUCAAAUAAAGUACAAGUACCUCAGAAUUGUACUUUAGUACAGUCCUUGAGUAAAUAUACAGUAUGUUUAAGAUCUGAGUGUUCUUAGACAAACUGUGCUACAGUACUACUAUAUCCGAGUUGUAUAUCCAAGUAUCCGGAUAUAUGAUGUAUAAGAUCUGAGUGGAUUGGCUAUCGUGUCUGAUCACAUGCAUGUUCAUUGCAGGAGGAAAUGUUGUUUUUUGGCAAGACAGAGAGUGUGAACCGCAAUUACAAAAAAAAUAUUUUUAUUAUUAAAUUAUUAAAUAUAAAUUGGCACAGUGGCCUAUACAAUCAGGUUAAGAUACUAAAAUUAGAAACGUGGUUUCUGAAAACCACCAAAAACAAAGAGAUUGGUAACAGUGUCAAAUCAAACUACUGAAAUAUGGGUUUGUGUGAAACGUGAAGAACUACAAGGCAGAAAAUCGAAUGCCUUGGAAUUAAAUCAAACCAAAUAGAUUCCCAUGCUUUGCCCUCUCACUGUGACAGUCAGCAUGGCACCAAUCUGUUCUGGGCUUCUGGCCCCGGCUUUCUGUUUACUCGUCUUUCUUUCAGACAGCAAGACUAGACGCCAAUUAACUCCUCAAAAAGUUAUAGUCAUAUUACUGAGAAGAUAUUAAUACUGUGAUCCUACACUUCAUAUUGGUGUCAGUGACAAUGAGGCAGACACUUGCUAAUGAAUAUAUUCAGUAAGAAAGAAAAGAAACAGUGCAGUUCUCUUGUUUUGAAUCCCAAUUUGGGGCACUUUGCAUUUUAAUCGGAUCAUUGAACCACUGUCAGAUUUGCUGAAGACAAAUGACCUCCACUGACGUUACCAAAACUACAAAGAACAAGACAGAACAAACCACCCUAAAAAAACAAGGCUGUAUGAUUAAUCCUCACAGUUGUUCCGACAUGAAACGAGCACCAGCCUGAAUCAGCUGCACCCUCAGCCUCAGCAACAGGUGUGCGUCUGUGUAGCAGGUGAAACGCUGCACUGCUGCACACAAGUGAAGCCGCUCUAACGUGUUUAAUGUUGUCCCGCUGUGUUGUACAGAGGAUACACGCCGCAGCUGAAGACACUGUGAAAAGACUAGACAGCUCACAGUGUUUCUAAUUGGCAUUUCUCAGAUUGGUUCCUCACGUACACAACAUUUUUCUCUCCUUCUCUGAUCUCAUUAGCUGUUAACUUCCCUCUGUGUUCAAAUAUGUGUGACUGUCUAGUCUAAUGUGUCCAUCCGUAAAUACUGUUUUGAAAGAAAAACAUUUGAGACUACUGAUUACAAAAGAGGGAUUUAUUAAAGCCGAAAUGUAAUGGAUAAAUGAGAGAUCUAAGUUUUAAGUUUUAAGUUUAUAUACCACCAAACUGUAAUCUUGAUGCUGAAAAUCUGCAAGUACACGUGAAACGUAUUGCUGCUGUUGGAUCAUCAAAAAGUGUUAUUAUUGCUGUAGAUUCUUGCUAUGUGAGUGCCUCUCCUUCCCAGCCCAAGAUCAAGAUGUGAGAUCCAGGGCGGCUGAAGAAUUACGCUACAUGUUCAGCCUUCCUGGGUUCCAUCAGGGUUUACCCAAGAAUUCUCAAAGUCCCUUGACAUCCUGUCUUAAACUUGCUUAAAGAGCAAAGUACGAUGAUGGUGAUGAGGAAGAAGUCUUUUGACCGAUGUUGUGUUUGUCUCACGUUGAAAUGUGGAUGUAACAUUUAUUGACUACUUGUUGUGUCACACUAGGGAGUUACUAGUAAAACAGUAAAAAAAAAAAAAAAAAAAACACCCUGACAAUCAGGUCUGUAAACUUCCUCUUUAAUGUGUCUUGUGUUGUCUGAACUGCCUGUGUCUAAGCUGAACGUUUCCAAGACGCCACUUUAAUGACAGUAUAGAGGACAAUGUUUUUGUACUUACCUGAGUUACCAUUAGGAGAGACUCCAGGACAACAACUGCUAUUAACUGAAUGAUUAUUAAGCUGAUAAUUUGUCCUACACUGUUAGAGGAAAAAGAUAUACUUAGCAAAGGAACCAAAUCUUUCAGAGAGGCUCAGCUUGUUAGGUUAGCAGCAGGGUUCACAUCCUGUGAAAGCAGCUAUUGAAGAUCUGUGGCACAUGCUCAAGAAUUAAUGAUGGUUGAGGCCAGAGAAAAUGGCCUGGUUUCCUGGCUACUGACCAAAGACACUGCUACAGUAGCGUUUCCAGGCUGGUAAUCACAGUUCCUGGUUCAACACAACAAAGGCGCAAUUACUGUCGGCGUCUCCUGAGAGAUUUCUCUCCACUGGUGGUUAGCCAGGUACCAAGGCUACAAUUAUGAGAUACUGUAUCUAACAGUGGGCUCUGCGCAGGAAGAGAGCAGCUGAUUUAAUAAGAAGUGAGCAAUCACAACAACCCGGGUCACUUUUAAUUUCCACAUGCGAGUACCACUCAUGCUGUCAUGGCAGGUACACAUGUAGCCAUCGUACUUUGUCCCACACGAACUGUAGCUCAGAAAUCAGAAGGCACAAAAUGGACACAAGACGAGCCAUAAUAGAACAAAAAAGGGUUUUGUGACCUGACCACUGCAGUACGGGUGCACUUAAAGACACAGGAACAUGUAAUGGUAAGCACUGUAGUCAUAAUGUAUCUUGUCUCCCUCAGGUUUUCUUUUUUCGCCGUUUCUUUUUUCCAUUCCACUUUAUUCCUCUUACAAAAGACUGCCUUAUUAUGUCUGAAUCUGAAACAAGACAGUAAAUGCGCUCUCCUCCCAGCUGUUUCUUUCUCUGAACACUCACACACACAGCAGACACACUCUUCAUCCUAUUUUACUUUUCAAUUAUCCUUUGAUCCCCAAUCUUCUGUUCACUGUAACUAUGCUAGCUUUCGCUCUCUGCUCGUUUUGUAGUCAUGCAGCCCGAGAACUUAUUCCCACCAAAUCUUUUUCUCUGCCACCUCCUCCUCUUACAUCUGUUUGGACUGUUUUCCACUUGUUGCAUGGUGUUCAAAAGAGGAAAGAUGACUGGGACUUAUGCAUGUGGUAAUGUAGGAAAUUUGUCAUCAAAACAAAACAAACAUUUACAGCAUAGCACCAGUAAAGCUUUGCAUCUGGCUCAUUUCUGCCAUCGGUUUGCACUGGUAGAGACACCACGGGCAUUUCUGGUAUUUGUUUCAUUUAUACAUGCAAAUCUUAUAUGUUUGGUUCCCCAGUGGCAUCAGAAACAACUUACAGAGACAAACGGUUUCUGAAGCAUAAUCCAUCAUUGCAAUAAUGGAGCCAAGGAAGAAUGAAUCAGAAUUACUUCAUAUCUCUAACAUUGUUACACUAAUGCAUGUCUUAUGUGGAAUACUUUCAGUAGAGUAUCAAUAUUUAAUUCUGUUGGCUGAGAGCGGCAAAAAUUAUAAAACAAAAAACAGGAAAAAGUAAUUGCUUUCAUAUCCUUUGCUGCUACUUUUAACAAUGAUGGAUUGAGCUCAGGAAGUUAUUUUACAUACUGGUAGAUGUAGAAAUAGAUUGUGGUAACCAGCCCUGAUCAAGGAUCGUCAUACUCCAUACAGUAUAACGGCCAUGCCAGAUGGUAGGCAAUCGUUUUAGUGACUUAAAAAUUGUGUUAAGCAGGUGUAAACUAACAAAUAACACAAAUGAGUCAGACCGAUAAAGGUCUCUUCUAUUAAAGUCAAAAGAAAGAUGGCACAGAUUUUGUUCCUAGCUCGCUGGAGAGCGCUUAAUGCUGCCACCGGUGGUCACAAGCUGUACAACAGCAAUGUUGGAGCUGCACUCCAGGAGCAACUCAAGCACCAUGUUUGAUUUUACGUGGUUUGUAUUGACUUCAAUGGAAAAGAUCUUUCUUGGUCAGAAUAAUUCAUGACCUGAUGCUGUUUUUUUUCUACCUUUUUUAAUUCACAAAGGAAGUCCAGUGAGUUUUUAGUUUUAACAUUAUUCCUGUGACAAAUUUUAGGAGCAGCCGUGUGACUACGAAGUCUGGGUUUUAUCCUUGAUAUGUAGUAUGACGUAUCUGCAGCAGUGCUAAGUGAGACUGUAAGUAGUUGCACAAAAAUGUGUAAAGGUGAUGAAGAAAACAUUAAAUAAAGAUUUUUAACAACCUGCUGUAUGUUCCUAGUGCAAACCAUGCUAGCUAUGAGCCGAAAGCUAAUUGUCACUGGUGCUAACAUUAAAGGAGAUUACUCUGUCUGUCAGUAAAUGUACAGUUACCUUUACAUACAUAUUAUGCAAACAGUUUGUCUGCACUGUACAGUUUAUGUCUAAUCCAUUGUAUACACACAGAAAACAAUGAUAUUGAAUAAAGGAUUUAUAUAAAGGAA